CCUCGCCGAGCAAGAGCUGGCCGGGCGGGAACGGAAGACGCAGUCCCAGCACCCAUUUUCUAGACAACGGAUGUGAUUCUUGGCGUCCUCGUUUAUCGAGCGCCUCCCGAGGCCCGGCCCUAGGAUGCAGCCCGGCAAUGAUCUGCUUAGUCUGUCCCUGAUGUAUUAGCUGACGAUACAUCAUCCUGAUAAGGCCGCGGCUCACCAAAGUUGUGACAGAGGAGCUCGUAGAACAGGGAGCUAGCCCUGGGUUCUGGGCGCGCUGAAUCUUGCUUAUCGAUGAAAUGCAGUUAACACAUCAGCUGGACCUAUUUCCUGAAUACAGGGUGACCCUUCUGUUAUUUAAAGAUGUAAAAAAUGCUGGAGACUUGAGAAAAAAGGCCAUGGAAGGUGCCAUUGAUGGCUCAUUAAUAAAUCCUACAGUGAUUGUCGAUCCAUUUCAGAUACUUUUGGCAGCAAACAAAGCAGUUCACCUCUACAAACUGGGAAAAAUGAAGACAAGAACUCUAUUUACUGAAAUUAUUUUCAAUCUUUCCCCAAAUAACAAUAUUUCAGAGGCCUUGAAAAAAUUUGGUAUCUCGGCAAAUGACACUUCAGUUCUGAUUGCUUAUAUUGAAGAGGGAGAAAAACAAAUAAAUCAAGAAUACCUAAUAUCUCAGGUAGAAGGUCAUCAAGUUUCUCUCAAAAAUCUCCCUGAAAUAACAAAUAUUACGGAAGUCAAAAAGAUAUAUAAACUAUCUUCACAAGAAGAAAGAAUUGGGACAUUAUUGGAUGGGAUCAUUUGUAGGAUGUCAACAAAAGAUGUUUUGUGAAAUGACAGAAAUAUUAAAAAUUUUCAACAAUUAUAAAAAACGUUCAUUAUUUUUUCCGGAUUAUAAAA